CUCAUGUCAGCCAGUCGGUGUUACCUGAAAACUGAUAUUUGUGUGUGACAGCGUUCGUGUGUCGGUUAUGUGAAUAAUUCACGUGCUUCUAUUUUGUUUCUGAUAUUAGCGAAUGGAUUACGUGAUUUUUCCAAGGAAAGGAUUACCCUACCAUGUAGUUUCGGUCUUGUUUAAGCUUCGUUAUCCGUCACAAUGGAGUUAGUUUGUAAAAUUCAACAUGUCUCAUGUGAAUUUUACACUUUGUUAAAAUUGAAAAGAAAUGCAUGAUCAGGCAGGCUAAAGCUAAGAAUGGCUGCCGUUAAAAACAUUAUGGAGACUCCACUCGUUUUAUGGGUGGAGUCUUUCAAUCAAGGUAAAUCUAUUGAGUACGCUGACCUGUAUAACGGGACAUUCCUCAACGAUGUCAUGCAACAGAUUGAUCCACGUCCCACCAACCAGAGUGUGAAUCGCCAGGUAGACGAUGUUGAUGCACGACUACAUAACUGGGACAUCCUUCUCCGAAACAUAAGAGGCUACUUCGUGGAGGUGUUACAACAAUUACUUGUACUGAAACUGCCAAAUGUCGGCCUCAUCUGUCGACACCCUGAAAAUGGUAAGUUACCCAUUGUUAGCCUCAUCUGUCGACACCUCGAACAUGGUAAGUUACCUAUUGUCAGCCUCAUCUGUCGACACCCUGAAAAUGACGGUAGUUUCCAGGAGCUUAAGAAGGCGAUCCUCCUUAUCCUUGGCUGUGCUGUCCAGUGUGAGCGCAAAGAGGACUUUAUUGAUGGAAUCAAACGUCUCGACGUCGACGUCCAACAUGCCAUCGUGGAACACAUCAAGGAGGUUACGGAUGAUACUGAAUGUGUGUUGUCUAUGGAACCGACGGAACAUCUGGAGACGUACACGGAAAAGAUGUUCAAUCACUUGACCCGAGUCCUGCGGGAACGUGAUGAUUUGGUUGAGGCGACUAGUGACUUGGUUCAGGAGCGUGAUUUCUACCAGUCGCAGAUACAGGAAACACCCCAGCUCAAUGUGACCCCUCCCACAUCCAGUCCCGACAAACAUCAUACGGUGGUCGAGCUGGCCGAUGCCAAGGCCAGGAUACGAAAGCUACGACAAGAACUGGAGGAUAAACAGGAACUCAUCACAGACCUGAAGGACGACCAGGAGGAGAAUAAAAUCAUUGUCGCCAAAUUACGGAAUGAGAACGUAGAACUGAUUCAGGACGCCCGGUCAGCACGAUCACUUCGAGACGAACUGGACAUCCUCAGGGAAAAGUUUGGCAAAGUGAAGAGCUACGAGAGUGAGAUCACAAAGAUGAAGGAGAAAUUGAAUGAGCUGGAAUUCUACAAGUCUAGAGUGGAUGAACUGCGAGAAGACAAUGCGAUUCUGAUAGAAACCAAGAACAUGCUUCAGGAACAGCUGGACAGCUGUCACAAACGUGUGGAGACUGUCAUCGCGCUGGAAAAUGAGCUCGGACGAUACAGGCAGCAGGUGGAGGAACAGGCCAAGGAACGAGAUACCGAUCGACAGAAGAUACAGAUUCUCACGGAGGAAAAUGCUAACCUGCAGUUUGAAAAGAAAACUAACAUGAAUGAGAGUACGAACAUUGAGAAGGAGCUGGAGUCUGCGCGCCUCAGGAUAGCAGGUAUGGGAGGUUCAUUGUCCAAUCAACUCAACGAAACGACCAACGCCAAGAUUCUGAGACUGGAGUUAGAGAAUCAGCGAUUACUACAGAAAGUUGAGGAGGCUAGGGAAAGUGCACUUAUAGAAAAUACAACAUUGACUUUAGAACUGGAAAAAGAGAACCAGCGAUUGGCCAAGAAGGUCGAGAAACUACAGGAAUCCAAUCGAGAAAUGUCACAGUCACAGAUUGAGUUAGAACAAAAGCUAGACCAGUUCAGUCAUGAGAGAGAACAGUUGUCACAAACACUAGAGACAGUCAAGGAAAGUGCUGAUAGACAGGUUCGAGAGUUAGAACGUGAAAAUGACCACCUGACAAAUACCGUGGAAACUGUUCGAGCACGAAGUGAACAGACCAACGAUGCAAAGCUCAAGGAUCUUGAGCGGGAAAACAAACGUAUGCAUGAAACAGUGAUAGCGAAAAACCAAUUGUUAUCCAAGCUGGAAUUCGAAAAUAGGCAGGUGCAAAAGUCGUAUAAUAAAGUGAAGGCAAGUACAGAUAAGUUAUCGGAAUUAGAAACAGACAGUGCAAAUCUGGAAAAAGAAAACUCGGAUUUACAUAAAACAAUUGCAACUCUACAGUUAACUUGUGAUAAGUUCGAGGAAAUUGAACAGGAAAAUUCUGAUUUCGAAGUUGAAAAUAGGAAACUUAAGAAAAAUGUUGAGUCUCUUCAAAGUGCUUUACAAAAGAUGGAUCAUCUGGAAAAGGAACACAUUAAUUUAACUGUAGAUAACCAAAAACUCCAGAGGAGUUUAGAGUCUCUUCGGAACUCCUCUUCAAAACUUGUUGAGUUAGAAAAUGAUAAAGGAAUGUUGAAUCGUGAAAUCAAGCAGCUCCAAAAAAGUUUGGAAGCUCAGCGUAGCCAGCAGGUCAAACAUGAACAGAUGGAGCUCGACUUGCUUGACCUUGAUAACGAAAAUCAACGGCUGGAGAAAUCACUUGAGAUGACCACCAAACGUCUGCAGCAGCUGGAGCAAGACAACACUGAAAUGGAAAUUGAAAACGAAAAAUUACAGAAAAGUGUGGAAACUCUGAAAGUGUCAACAAAACGUCUCCAUGAGUUGGAGAAAACCAACAUCGAGUUGGAUGGUGAAGUGUCGAGGCUUGCCAAAGACAAAUCUGUUUUAACGAAAGAGAAAAAUCGGUUAAAACAGUCGAUUGAGUUAAAGGAUUCCGAACUGGACGACUUGACCACGAAACAUAGCGCAUUAGAACGAUCAAAUCGUAACCUGAAACAGCAGAUAGAUAGACAGAAAGACACAGCGGCAAGCGUGAAGGAAAGUGAGAAGGAAAACAAAGAGUUACAGCAGCAAUCUAACCUCACAAAGCGGACUCUAGCAGCACUCCGGGAGGACCUGGUGAAUGAGAAAGUAAAGAGCCAACAGAUGAAGAAUGAGAUGGACAGACUAACACAUGACCUUGAGCGCGUCGGCAUUAAUAAGGAGAAAUUAGUUAAGGCAGAUAACUCUCAGGACGACAGUCGAUACAAAGCCCUGGAAAACAUGAUGGAGGAUGCUUUGAAGAAGAGCAUGGAGAUCAAAGAAGAAAAGAUCCAUGCCCUUGAGAGCAGACUGGAAGAGUCCAAGAAACGUAACAUACGUCUCCAGGACGAAAUGCGUCAGCUCAAGCAGGAGUGCGAGUCACUUAAACAGCGGUACGAGGAGGAGUCGCACAGCAGGGACAGACAUGACAGUGCUUCACGCUUUAGUCAGUCUGGGCGGGCCAACAACCCAACCAAGGAAAUGUUUGAAGUGAAGGACCAUCUCAUACAGGUGGAAAGACAGAAUGCCACCUUUAUGGCCGAAAACAAGAACCUGAAGUCACAGACCAACUCGCUGAAUGCUCAAAUCCAGAAGUUAGAGAGUCAGAACUCGAAGCUUCAGAACCAGUCGUUGACCCUGCAGGACCAGUUCACGUCGCUUCAGUCCCACAAUGCCAAGCUUCAAGUGGAGAACUCUACGUUGAAGUCGGAGUGUUCCACGCUACGGUCCCAGAUGUCCACCCUGCAGUCCCAUUUGUCACAACUGGAGGGGGAGCAUAAACACCUUCUGGAGAACCAGGAGGAGCUACAGAUUUCACACGAACAAUUGGUUCAGGACCACGAACAACUACAACAGUAUCAUGAACAGCUUGCGUCGGAGUAUGAGGGACUCAUCUCUGAACACGGUUCACUCAAAUCAGUGCAUAAGUCUAUGAAGGGAGAAAACAAAGAGCUAAAAGACCAGUUAGAUGCAUUCCUGCAGGGUCGCGAGGACGUAUCGCAUGUUCGGGAUCGUGCCCAGCGUGAGAAAGAUGCCUUACGGUCAGAGAUACAGUCUCUGGGAGGAGUGCAGAUGGAGUACGAACACCUACGCGAGGAACACAGUAAGCUGCUUAGUAAACACGAGCAGCUGUGUAAGAAUUAUAGUGACACGGCAGGCGAAAACAAACAUCUGAAAACCGAGAACAACACAUUCCUUACAAAGAACGCCGAGCUUAAAACUCAGUGUGAUGAGUACAGGGAACAGUUACAUUCCAUGGAAAUCGACGUCAACAGUCUCGCCCAUAAGUAUGAUACUCUGUACCAGAUGAACCAGAAGAUGGAAGAAGACAACAAGAACCUGCUGAUGCAGAUCCAGUCUCUUCUCAACUCCAACCAUGAGCUGUUGUCACAGAUCCUAAACAGCAAGGAGCACUUCGCCGAGGAGGAGAAGUCAUACCUAGAAAAGAUGUCUGACUUACGACGACAGAAGGAAAGACUUGAAGAAAAGAUCAUGGAUCACUACAAGCGACAGGAAGUUUCUAAGAAAAAUAGAGGUCUGGGGGCAAGAAUAGCAAGGAGAGCAGCGAAGAUAUUUGUAUCAAGGAACCGAGAGCGGAGUAAGAGCAGAAACAACCUGACCAACAUAGAUAACAGUCAAGACAACACAUCACAGGGAUCUGGUGAUGUCACAGCUGACCAUGACUCCAGGAAGUCAGAACGGAAAUACCAUCGACAUGGUAGUGCAGAGAAUCUGCUGGAAACUUCGGCCCUGUCUAAACAGAGUCGUAGUCGCGCAAAAUCUACCACUGCUCUCAACCUAGAGGCUGACAGUAGCGACCAAUCUGUCAGAGGAGCCAAAUCCAGUGACAACCUUGCGGAUUCUAUGCGUAGCCGUGGUGACAAGAGUUCAAGCAGCUUCUUAAGUAGCACUACGUUGCCAGGCCUGGGUAAACCAACCAGUUUCUCCGAGGAUGACGAUGGUGGAUUCCGUUCAGCAAGCACAGCGGAGGGUGGCAACGACAUGCUGACACUGGAGGAGUUUCUAGGGGAUUUGAACGAGGAUGGCAAGAGUAAGUCAAUAGAUUUCAACAAGAACAAGGAUGACAUUGAGUCGAAGAGUAGCGAGAAUUCAGAUAACAGUUUCCGACAGAAGCGGCAGGCACCACCGCCACCUGUUACCAACAACCGUUCAAUGCACUCGAUCCCUGACGUGGCUGCUGUCUCGCACCCAGAUCUAAACUUGUCACGUAUGUCUCGCAUCUCCACAGGCAGCAGUGGGAGUGGUCCGGAGAGCCGACCCGAAAGUUACGGACAGGCAACCCCUCCACACGUAAAGCUUCCCGAGACAUCUACACCCGCACAGUACAACAAUGGCAGCCAUCAAAGUAACUCACUUGAGGAACUGAAUCAAUUUUCUCCAUUUCCACGGCAACAACAGCCACAUGACUUCAGGAGAAACACGCUGGGUUCAACACCGUCCACGGCCACAAGAACUCUUCAGUAUUCUAUGUUAUCAUCCCCCGGCCAAUCAGGAAACUCACCAGCUAAUCGAUCAUCCAAUCAAAACAGAGAGCUGCCCCCCACCCCGUCAGAGGCGGCCACUGACAGACUCGACAGACUCACAUCUCUCAGUCAAUCUUCAUCCUCACAUAAUAACUCUGUCAUUUCUAAUGCCUCAAACUUCAGUGAUAUGUCCAAAAACAAUAGUGCAUAUUCUCCAAAGGACAGUUAUAACUACCAGUCAUCUCAGCAGCAUUUGGCAAACAAACCCCCCACCCCUCGAGGGUACCAAAUCCAGGCCCAAGGGCCAAACAGGGCCCCUCCUCAUCCUAGCCAGGCAGGAAUGGUAAGGAGUAGACAGCCCCCUAUGGAUGGCCAGCCCAGUCCUCAGCAAUAUUCACAUAAUGGUCCUGUGAGACCAGUUCCCACCAGAGACGCUAUCAGACAUGUGCAAAGUCCGGGUUCACGGCCGAAUACUUACCAUGAACAAAAUACAUUCCAAAAUAACAGUUCAGGUGUAGGGGAGAACCGGACAAGAAAUUCAGUGGAUUAUUCUCCGGAAAAAUCUAGUGUUCACAGUAACGGACCAAUCGAAGGAAGCCAAGAGCAUCAUUAUGCACGUGUGCAGAGAAUAGAAAGACCUAAGUCUGUUCCUCCAAACAUUUUUAACCAAAUGCAAAUGCAGGCUCAACAGCAACAGGCACAGCAGAGUCAGAGACAGGACCAGGGGCCAAUUUACUCACAGCCACAGAAAGGUCGGACGCCGCCAGUGCCUCCCCCACGGAGGAAUCGCGAAGUGAUAGCACGUGUCAGUCUUGUACGAGAACCGGGUCAGAUGCCUUCUGGGCGUAUGUCUGCCCAACCUUAUCAGUCCUCGGGUGCCAACUCGUCAAACGGCCCUAUCAAUAAAACUUUGCCAAUGGGGGGCAUGUCACGGACAGUGAACCCCGGGGUGAAGUCCUCACCCUCGAGUACAUCAGCGGCCCCACGACCAAUGAAAGCUGAGGAGAAUGCCACAGAACCUAACAAAAACGCACUAUGGUACGAGUAUGGCUGUGUGUGACCUAAACCACAGUCCUGUCACAUCUACCUCAUCGUAGACGCUUUCUAACGUCUCUCAUAAUCCCUUUACAUUGGCAUAGAGUCAUCUUAGUUAAAUACGAUUUAUAAAUAUUAUAACAGUAUAUUCAUAAUUUUUUUUAAAGAACUUGUUACUUCGUUAAAAAUGUUUUUUUGUAUCAAAUGCAUUUGAAUUUAGCACAUAACACACUAAUGCUUACAACCUUUUGUAUGGCGUGGCCCAAGAUGCACUGUAAGUAUAUAUAAAGUAGAACCUCAUUUCACCUGAUGAAUUGGUGUUGUGAAAAAAUCUUGAAGGAAGCGUUUGUUUUGGAACAGGAAAAUACAUCGCUACGCAACUCCUGGAUAUAAAAUGUAAGGAAAGCAAGGUUUCAAAUUAUCCUAGUUCUGACUAAUGAGGUUCCACUUUACUCAGUAUGUAUGAAAGCAUGAAUUUCCCUCUUUCUGCUUUGUUUCUGUCAUUACAAAAUAUAACAACUGUAUAAUAUUUGAUGCCUAAGGACAUUUUAGACCUGUCAUUAGAAUGAAAAUUUACAUUAACAAAUUCUUCAAAAUUUUAUUUAUUUUUACUAAAGAAGCUCAGAAAUGACCAAUUCCUGUACAAUGGUCUUCUGAUACCUUAAUGAUAACCAUUUUCUCUUUUAACAGGACUAGGGAAGCUCGGUGAUAGGUGGACAUUUUAAUCCUAUGCAUGUGGAACGGUGUAGUUGUCUCCCUUUGCCAGAGGCAGAACAGGCUAUUUAGUAUCAGGUGUACUUUUGUGUCCAAGACUGUGAGGCCGACUGUUCGCCAGGAGGCGAAUCCAAGGGCAUUAAAUGUGGAAUGUUCAGGAAACUAACCUGUUUGUUUUUGACCCAUUGGCCUUGACCUUCAUUGCAAUUUGUCCUUGACCUUUAUGUGAUGUACAAAGGUCAUGUUGUCAGAUCAACCCGCACCUGUCCACAAGCAUGUUGUCGGCCAAUCAGAUUCACAGCCACAUGUUCACUUGUUCAGGAAUUGCUCAGCUUUGUGUCAUUUGACCGCAUGUCAUAAAAAUCUUGUACACACAACUUUUCGAGAUUGGUUAAAGUUUGUUACCAUGUACAUAUGAAAGAGUGUGAGCUUGAAUCUGAUUGGCUGUUGUCUAACCCUUCACCUUACCUUAUGCUUACCUCCCCUGUUAUGUAAACGAUGCACUGUUAACAUAAGACUCCGCCUUAUCCAGUCUCUCUUGAAUUAACUUUUUCAAAUAGUUUAAGUUUUAAAUUAUGGCAGCCAUUUUGAUUGGAGAUUCAGUCACAUUGUCAUCGUCUUCAAAAGCAAUAUUUUUACAAACACUUUGUCUCUGGGCAGCCAUCUUGACAGCUGAUCUGUGUCAUAUCACAACACUUAAUCUGUGUCAUUACAACACUUGAUCUGUAUCCUUACAGUACUUGAUUACUAUGUAUGUAAAAUCCUCUUGUGGCAUUUAAUUUAGUGACUGUACAUUGUUGACUGCAUUUAAUUCAAAAAAGUUCAUCAUUGAAUCAAUAUUGAGGUUAAGAUGUUAUCAGAGACACCAACUAUUAUGUCUAAAUAAAAAAAAUCAUGAAGAAAACAAGUUUUUAGAUAAAAAAAAAAUUGAUUGCUUACCAUAUUCAAAUGUUUUCUUACUUUGACCAAAGUCAGUAUUUAUAUAAAUGCUUAACCAAACUCAUGUAUUUUACAGUGGGCAUUAAAACAUGUGUAGAAGUUACUUUCUAAAUUUUAUAUUAAGCUGGUAAUGUUAUAUUAUUUUGAAAAGCAGAAUUUCCUUCGGAUAUGGUUCUUGUUUAAGCAAUCUUUCGAUUAUUGAAAAUAUAUUUUUCGAAAACUGAAGUGUUCGCUCUGAUAAGGUUUUACGAUAUACAAAUUGUCUCUUUAACCACACUGUAAUGGCACUAGUAAUUUAAAGCAGAUUUUUGUGGCCACCAAUUUCUCAUUAUCAUUGUUUCUUUAAGCAAGAGAAAAUGCAAUCUAACCAUGAUUUAUUAAGAGAUUCACUCUGAAGAGAAAAUCACUGUCAGUAAUUUUAAAUUAAUAAGAAAGCAGUCUAUUAGUAUGCUGCUGGCCUGGAACAGAUUUUUUUACCAAUUUUUCCUUUAUCAAGUUGUCAAGUCUGAUUUGUUGAUAUUUGUGGCAUUUAUACGAUAAUAUUUCCAACAAAUUUACAUUGGAGUUGUUUUAAUCUGGAUUCAUUUGUUUAGCUCAUGGAAAUUUUAAUUGGCAAUACUUUUAUAAUUAGAAAAACUGAAACCAAAAUUCAUAGAUACUGGUAUUCAAAUGAUCAAAUGUGAUAUUAUUCACACAUACUACAAAGUUUUUGUUUAAUCCGCCUGAUGUACAUGCCAUGUUUUUUUAAAGUUUAUUAAUUAUAGAAACCUUCUCCCUUACAUUAUGUAUUAUUUACCUAUGUAAGAACAUUCCAGUGGGUUUAUUUUUCAAGUCUGGAAUUGCAGAAAGCUUUAAAAUAAAACUUAACUGUCGUUACCAAAAAGUUCUCAUUUGUCCCGUAAACAUUGCUAUAGUACAUCAUUCAGGGAGAGCUGGACAGGUCACGAUGCAGGAGCGCUUAAAUUAAAAUAACCUCCGAAUGUUCUGUGUACGAAUGUACCACCAAACCAAUGGAUGUCAUUCCCGACUAAAGACCUUGCCAGUCAAUGUAAACAAUGUGUCUGUCAUAAUGUUACCAUGGUUACCAUGCUAAUGAGAUUGUUAUGUGUUACCAAGGUUAGCCUUGAGUUUGUAUGUUAACUUAUAAAUGUAGUACUUUUGUAAUAUUUAUAAAAUGAUCUUUGAAAAACAAUUGUCUUAUGCACUUAUCUUACAGCGAGCCAUUUUGUCCGUCCUACAACCAAAGGUUUAGUAAAGCUUCUACGUUUUUAGCUGUCUCCCCAAGCACUAGGAGUCGGCUCUCUCUGUGAAAGUUACGUUGGUAUCGUCUGUAUUGAGCCGUCUCCAUUUAGUUUGGGUAUAUAUGUGAUGAAUUUUGUUGUGAUAUGAAAGUAUUUUGUAAUUUGUACAAAUCUAUAGUUACGUACAUUAUUUUGUAAAGUCUAUGUGUUUACACUACAAGCCAUUCCAUCUUUUGUAUAGUCCCAUUUUCAGAGUUAUUCAUCUGUUACAUCCCCAAGACCCCUUAAGCAAUCCAGCCCAGGGACUCCCAUAUAAUCCCCUACCCAGGGAACCCACUUUCCUCCCCCUGGGACCCAUGAAUAUUCAAUUUACAGUGAGGGCUUAGUGUACAUUUUCUAUAGUCUUGUCCUGUACCUCAAUUUCAACCAACGCCUCAAAGGUCAAAGGUCAAUCUGGUGGUUUUCUGUUUUAUGACGGUGGUCUUCAGACAGAUCACCAUACUGGUCAGUGUAGACAGGUUUACCAAUAGUCCGAUUACUAAAGUGAUUGUUUAGACAGGUUUUGUUUAGACAGGUUUUCAAGUAGUCAGUUACUUAAGGGUUCAAUGUAGGAAAUUUUUCAGUCAGUUUAGCAAGGUUUAUCAUUAUAAGGUGUCCAUUUAGACAGGUUUAUUGAGUCUGCUCACUAAAGUGAUUUGUUUAGACAGGUUUUCCAGUAGUCAGUUACUCAAGGGUUCAGUUUAGGCAUUUUUUUCAGUCAGUUUAGCAAGGUUUAUCACUAGGUGUCCAUCUAGAAAGGUUUACCAAUAGGCCGAUCACUAACCUGUCCAGUGUAUACAGGUGUCCAUAUAGUUUAGGCAGACUGAUGUGUUGUUAUAUUCAAAAUUGAAUUGAUAAAAAGCUGAUAUUGAAAUGUGCCUUGAUUUACCUGUACAAUUGUAAUUUGCUGACCUGUUCAAUAUCAGCCUGACCUGUGAUCUACACCCUCACACCUGUGUGCUACCUGUACAUACCUGGGAAGAACAGCAUACCUGUGUUUUCGAUAGUCACCUGGCCCUACUUUCAGUCACAAUCGUAGUUUUGUAAAGCUCCUUACGUUGAUGAUGCAGUUUUUCAUGAUUUAGUAUAAAUGUUUCAAGAAUGAAAUUGAUGUUUUUAUGAAUAGAGCACUACCCAGUAGUGAUUUCUGAAUAUAGAUUCAAAAAAUCACUUGCUGUUCUUUUCUGUGUAUGUUUAUUUAUAUUUUGCAUAGAUUAAAAAUCUAUCCUUGCUGAUAAAUCUGAAGCUGGCUUCUUAAUUUUAAAUUUUAAUUGGUGAUCAUAUAGAUGUUAUCUUUUAUUUCAUGAAAAAGAAAAGUGAAAAACAAAGUCCUAUUUAAAUGAAAAUAAAAGCUUAGUUGCAUUUACAGUCACCAAAUUCUCAAACUCUUUCAAGAGUUUUAACAGAAAAUUAUACUUACAACAUUCCAUCCAAAAAACUUGUUACUGACCAAACUUGUGUAUAAAGAAUGUCUAUAACAUGUUAAUUCACCCCUGUUCUCUUACAGAAAUGAGCUUUGUACUGGUAUCCCUCACAAACAGAACAAGAUCAAUCCGUCCGUCCAGUCCGUCUCAAUUACCUCCCUUUACUAUAGCUACGUUACUGAUAAUAAUAUUGUCAAAGCACCUUAGACAUUUCUUGGAAUAAUCUAAUUGGGAGGAAUGAGGUUUUCUUUCUUUUGAGGCAGGAAAGUUGGAAGUAUUACAACCAUAUUUUAUGUAUUCAAAUGGCUGUUGUAACAUAGCUAAAUCUUGCAUUUAAAUUUGAAAAUAAGUUGGCUUUUUAUUUUCAAAGACACUCAGCUUCACUUUAACCCCUGACUUCACUUUAAAACACUCCCCAAACACCUGACUUCACCCUUCCCCCAACUUCAUGCACUCCAACCCCUAAUGAAGUUGUGCAGUCUUUUAUAAGUUAUCAGCAUACAUAUAUAUAUGAUGUUACAUUGUUAUAUAUAUAUAAACUAUUAUAUCAAUUUAAAUGUGAAGAACAUCUUUACAUCAAUCCUGCCUUUUUUACAUUGAAGAUUUUUUGCUUGUAUAUUUUUGUAACAUAGUCAUUAACUUAUAGUACACUGUUAACAAGAUGCUUGAAAACAUUAUCAGAUCAAUGUUAAACAGAUGCUUGAUACACAUUGUGAAAUCAUUGUUAACAAGAUGCUUGAAUUACAUUAAAUCAUGUACACUAAGAAAUGUUCCAUGUGGCUAUCAGUGGAAAUAUUUCCUGAAAGAUUAUAAUUGUUUUGCAAUAAUUUAUUACAUGAACCACCACAGUUAAUACCAAUUAACUGAAUAGAAUUAAAUGUCAUGAAACUAAAA